CCUCCUCCUCCUCCUCUCCUCCUCCUCCUCCUCCUCCUCUCCCUCCUCCUCCUCCUCCUCCUCCUCUCCCUCCUCCUCCUCCUCCUCUAUCACAGCUCUGUUGUUAGCUGAAGAUGUUCCAGAGAGGAAGAUGACAUCAGACGAGGAGGAAGCCAGGCGCAUCGCCGAGAUGGGGAAACCGGUGCUGGGGGAACACUCCAAGCUGGAAGUCAUUAUCGAGGAAUCAUACGAGUUUAAGAGCACAGUGGACAAGCUGAUCAAGAAGACCAACCUGGCUCUGGUGGUGGGGACUAACUCGUGGAGAGACCAGUUCAUGGAGGCCAUCACAGUCAGUGCAGAUGAGGACGAGGACGACACGGGGGAAGAGCGUCUGCCGUCCUGUUUCGACUACGUCAUGCACUUCCUGACCGUCUUCUGGAAGGUCCUGUUUGCGUGCGUUCCCCCCACCGACUACAUGAACGGCUGGGCGUGCUUCGUCAUCUCCAUCGCCAUCAUCGGCCUGCUCACCGCCAUCAUCGGCGACCUGGCGUCUCACUUCGGCUGCACCAUCGGCCUGAAGGACUCGGUGACCGCAGUGGUGUUUGUGGCGCUGGGUACCUCCAUCCCAGACACCUUCGCCAGUAAGGUCUCGGCGGUCCAGGACACGUACGCCGACGCCUCCAUCGGGAAUGUGACCGGCAGCAACGCCGUCAACGUCUUCCUGGGAAUCGGCGUGGCGUGGUCGGUGGCCGCCAUCUACUGGCACACGAAAGGGAAGCCGUUCGUGGUGGAGGCCGGCUCGCUGGCGUUCUCUGUCACUCUCUUCACCAUCUUCGCCUUCCUCGCCGUCUCGGUGCUCCUUUACCGCCGCCGGGCGCACAUCGGGGGGGAGCUGGGCGGGCCGCGGGGACACAGACUGGCCACGUCAGCCUUCCUUUUCGCCCUCUGGUUCCUCUACAUCCUGUUCUCCAGUCUGGAGGCCUACUGUCAUAUAGAGGGCUUCUAAAGGGGGCAGAGCCUGAACACACAUACAGGGGUUUAAAGUACAACUUCAGAGGUCAAAGGUCAAAUCCUCACCGUGGAAUCUGGUUCAGUCUGGUUUGGUUUGAAAGGACAGGUGAGGUAAGACGCCUCCCUCCCUCUCCCUCUCUCUCUCUCCCUCAACCCCUUCUGUAAGGACGCUCAAGGUGUGUGCUGCCCUCUAGUGGUGACAGGCUGCGAGGGGGGGCGAGCCGUCCUGAGCCCCUGUGGGGGCGCUUACAGUUGGGAUUGAGUUUCCACCGAGUCCAGGAGAAGCCGAGGCCGAGGUCGGUCCUGCAUUCCACUGGAGAGAGUCUUCUACCCGGAGAGAGUUUAUCAGAGGUAUAUAUUUUUCUCAACAUCCGACGAGAACUUUUUUUAAGAAGUAUUUUGGGGAUAAAAACACAAAAAAUAAACCAACCAAAAAAAAAAAAAAAAAACAACCACACACCUGAACAGACACAGAGAAGAAUCAAAGAACUAUUUUCUGAUGUACGGCGAGGAUUUAAAGAUUAUAUCGUAGACGGGAUUAAGUUGUCGAGUGACACUGGGACGAUUCAUAGUAUUUAUUUUUAUUUGCAUACUUUCUUAAGGAGAGUUUUCAGAAAUCACACAGAAGAAGAAGAAGAGGAGGCGGAGCCACGUGACUGUUCAUACUGGCCCACGGGGUCACUCAAAGCGGCGAGGAGGAAGAGGCAGACACAGUGAACACGGUCAAACUGCCCUGAACAUUACUUCCGUACUCUAUACGUAUCUAUAUAUAAUAUAUUUCCAUAUUUUCUGUAUAUUUUGAAUAUUUGUUUAAACGUGGUCACCUGCUCUCCAAACGGAGGAUUGAUGUGGCGGCGGCGGGGGGGGAAGGGUCAAAUAUAUACUGGAAGAUGUCUUCACAUUUCUAAAAGUUCUGUAUCUUGCCUCAGUAAAAGUAUGUCAUUGUAUUUUAUUUAUUUACUGAUAUCUUGGUCUCACUCGACUUUUCACCUUUUCAAUCAGAAACAGAAAAAAAAUAAUUUAAAAAAAAAUAAAAAGUUGGCGUGUUGCUGCAGAGGUAAAUCCAGAGGUAUUUUUUUACUGUUCCUUCCAUGCACUUUGCUGUAUAGUUCUAUUUAUGGAGACUUCGACUUGUACAUGUGCAAAAGGCCAAUAUUAAAGGUGUCACUAUGGACUGAACAGAGUGCCUGUGGAGGGAGGGGCGUUUGCUGCAGACGCCACACUGAGCGCUCUUUAGCUUCAUAACUGAAGAGUUUCUGUCAAAGUUUCUUUAAACUGCGUUAACAGAUUUAAAGGGGACAUAUGAUCCCCCUCCUCCACCUUUUCAAACAGUCCUCCUCCACCUUUUCAAACAGUCCUCCUCCACCUUUUCAAACAGCCCUCUCCUCCACCUUUUCAAACAGUCCUCCUCCUCCACCUUUUCAAACAGUCCCCCUCCUCCACCUUUUCAAACAGUCCUCCUCCACCUUUUCAAACAGUCCUCCUCCACCUUUUCAAACAGUCCCCUCCUCCACCUUUUCAAACAGCCCCCUCCUCCACCUUUUCAAACAGUCCUCCUCCACCUUUUCAAACAGUCUCCUCCUCCACCUUUUCAAACAGCCCCCUCCUCCACCUUUUCAAACAGUCCCCCUCCUCCACCUUUUCAAACAGUCCUCCUCCACCUUUUCAAACAGCCCCCUCCUCCACCUUUUCAAACAGUCCCCCUCCUCCACCUUUUCAAACAGUCCCCUCCUCCACCUUUUCAAACAGUCCCCCUCCUCCACCUUUUCAAACAGUCCCCUCCUCCACCUUUUCAAACAGUCCCCCUGUGGUCUAAAUGAAACAUGAAUCAAGCACCAGAGGAGGUUUGUGACCCUGUAUAAACCAGCUCUCUCAGAACGCUCCGUUUUGGUGUGUGUGUCUC